CUCCCGUUACUUACGUACCUCUGCCAGCAAAAGCAUGGCAACCUCCAAACCUACCUCGACGAGCAUCACACAGCCGCCCCUUUGGUGCCGCCAGCUCGCCGAAGCCCUUGAUGACAUCCAUAGCCGCGGCGUUCUGCACUCAGAUCUCCGGCCGGCUAACCUCCUGACCCACGAGACGGCCCUAGGCGCGCGGGACCUGCUACUCGCCGACUUGGGCGGCUCCGUGAGCGAGGAGCUCGGCGAGGGGCUGUCCCUCCCUGACAGCCCGUUUUACAGCCCUGUCUUCGAGUGGCAGUCGAGCGUUUUCCUAGACCUAUUUGGUAUGGCUUCGACUUUCUACACGAUCCAUACCGGUUGGUAGCCGUACC